GGGAGCGGUAUGAGCAGGCAGCGGGACCUUGGUGCGGAAGGCAGCGGUGGCCAGCUUGAGCCCAAGAGGAUAUAGGAGCCAAGCAGGAGGCUGGGCUGAGUUGGGGCCACUUCCUGUGUUAUAGGAAGUCCUCUCACCACUGCUUCUGUCCUGCAGCAGCUGCCCCAGGAGCUCCUGUGUCCUUGAGGCCCAUCUGAGCAGCCCCCUCCUCCUGCAGUGCAGGAACCACUGAAACCUCAGCCUUCUGGCUGGGCACCAAGGACCCGUGCCCACCAAUGCGGCCCGGCCCCCAGAGAGUCAGGCCCACAGAGCACGCCCAUGUGGGCCGGCGGUGUGGGGAGCCCUCGGCGGGGCAUGGCCCCUGCACCUACCGAUGACCUCUUUGCCCGUAAGCUGCGCCAACCUGCCCGGCCCCCACUGACACCACUUACCUUUGAGCCGAGGCCAGCUCGGGGCCCACUCUUGCGCAGUGGCAGUGAUGCUGGUGAAGUCCGGCCCGCUACACCAGCCAGCCCCCGUGCCCGUGCCCACAGCCACGAGGAUGCCAGCCGCCCUGCUGCAACCCCUACUCGGCUCUUCACUGACCCACUGGCACUACUAGGGUUGCCAGCAGAGGAGCCAGAGCCCACCUUCCCGCCAGUGCUGGAACCCCGGUGGUUUGCUCACUAUGAUGUGCAGAGCUUGCUCUUUGACUGGGCUCCACGACCUCGGGGGACAGGCAGCCAUACAGAGGCAAACUCUGGGACCUUAGCCGAGGGCCAGACUACCACCUCAGAUCUACUGCUCGGGGCACCUGGCUUUGUGAGCGAGCUUGGUGGUGAGGGUGAGCUAGGGCUGGGUGGGCCAAUAUCCCCACCUGUGCCCCCUGCACUGCCUAAUGCGGCUGUGUCGGUCCUGGAGGAGCCACAGACCCGGACCACAGCUUACAGCCUGGAGCACGCAGAUCUGGGUGCAGGCUACUAUCGCAAGUACUUCUAUGGCAAAGAACACCAGAAUUUCUUUGGGCUGGAUGAGGCGCUGGGUCCGGUGGCCGUGAGCCUGCGACGGGAGGAGAAAGAGGGCAGCGGAGGGGGCACCCUACACAGCUACCGGGUCAUCGUGCGGACCACGCAGCUCCGGACCCUCCGCGGCACCAUCUCGGAGGACGCACUGCCUCCCGGCCCCCCGAGGGGCCUAUCUCCGAGGAAGCUUCUGGAACACGUGGCUCCACGGCUGAGCCCCAGCUGCCUGCGCCUGGGUUCAGCCUCUCCCAAGGUGCCCCGCACGCUGCUCACCCUGGAUGAGCAAGUGCUGAGCUUCCAACGCAAGGUGGGCAUCCUGUACUGCCGGGCAGGCCAGGGCUCUGAGGAAGAGAUGUACAACAACCAGGAAGCCGGAGCAGCCUUUAUGCAGUUCCUCACCUUGCUGGGUGAUGUGGUGCGACUCAAAGGCUUUGAAAGUUACCGGGCCCAGUUGGAUACCAAAACGGAUUCCACGGGCACACAUUCACUCUACACCACCUACCAAGACCAUGAGAUCAUGUUUCACGUGUCCACGAUGCUGCCUUACACGCCUAAUAACCAGCAACAGCUCCUGAGGAAGCGUCAUAUCGGGAACGAUAUUGUGACCAUCGUGUUCCAGGAGCCGGGUAGCAAGCCCUUCUGCCCAACGACAAUCCGCUCUCACUUCCAGCACGUUUUCUUGGUGGUGCGUGCACAUGCUCCCUGCACCCCACACACCUCAUACAGGGUGGCAGUGAGCCGCACCCAGGACACUCCUGCCUUCGGGCCUGCGCUGCCAGAAGGCGGAGGCCCCUUUGCAGCCAAUGCCGAUUUCCGGGCCUUUCUGUUGGCUAAGGCACUCAAUGGUGAGCAAGCGGCUGGUCAUGCACGCCAGUUCCACGCCAUGGCUACACGCACACGCCAACAGUACCUGCAGGACCUGGCUACUAAUGAAGUGACCACGACUUCGCUGGACUCGGCUUCGCGGUUCGGCCUGCCAUCUCUGGGGGGUAGGCGCCGGGCAACCCCUCGGAGCCCAGGCGCGGAGCUACAGGCGGCGGGUGCGCUGAUGUGGGGCGUACGCGCGGCUCCAGGGGCGCGGGUCGCAGCGGGAGCUGAAACGAGCGGUCCGGACGACGCCGAGGUGCCCUGCUUGUUGGGCAUCUCAGCAGAGACACUGGUGCUGGUGGCUCCUCGCGACGGCCGCGUGGUCUUCAAUUGUGCCUGUCGCGACGUAUUGGCCUGGACCUUCUCAGAGCACCAACUUGAUCUGUACCACGGGCGCGGGGAGGCGAUCACGCUGCGGCUCGACGGGGCCCCAGGGCAAGCCGUGGGCGAAGUCGUGGCACGUCUGCAGCUGGUGAGCCGCGGGUGUGAGACCAGAGAACUAGCGCUGCCCAGAGAUGGCCAAGGUCGCCUGGGCUUCGAGGUGGAUGCAGAGGGCUUCAUCACGCACGUGGAGCGCUUCACGUUUGCGGAGACCACAGGGCUUCGGCCUGGAGCUCGUCUGCUGCGAGUCUGCGGCCAGACGCUGCCCAAGCUGGGUCCCGAAGCUGCUGCCCAGAUGCUGCGCUCUGCGCCCAAGGUCUGCGUCACGGUCCUACCCCCAGACGAGAGCGGCCGGCCGCGAAGGAGCUUUUCGGAGCUGUAUAUGCUUUCUCUGAAGGAACCCAGCCGGCGGGGGGCCCCAGAGCCAGUACAGGAUGAAACUGGGAAGUUGGUCAUAUUGCCUCCCACCAAGCAGCUGCUACAUUUUUGCCUGAAAGACAGCAGCAGUCCUCCGGGGCCUGGGGAUCUGACUGAGGAGAGGACAGAAUUCCUGCACAGCCACAACUCCCUGUCGUCUCGAAGCUCCCUGUCCGAUGAGGCUCCAGUCCUGCCCAACACCACUCCAGACCUCCUCCUUGUCACCACUGCCAACCCAUCUGCACCCGGUACUGACAGAGAAACACCCCCUUCCCAGGACCAGUCAGGAAGCCCCAGUAGCCAUGAAGACACCAGUGACUCAGCCCCAGAACUGAGGGCCUCCAUCCUGCCCCGAACCUUGUCUCUGCGGAAUUCCAUCAGUAAGAUUAUGUCGGAAGCCGGCAGUGAGACCCUGGAGGAUGAGUGGCAGUCCAUCUCAGAGAUCGCCUCCACUUGCAACACAAUUCUGGAGUCACUGUCCCGGGAGGGACAACCCAUCUCAGAGAGCGAAGACCCCAAGGGAGCUUUAAAGUGCGAUUCUGAGCCAGAACCCGGGAGCCUGUCAGAAAAGGUCUCUCACCUCGAGUCCAUGCUCUGGAAGCUCCAGGAGGACCUGCAGAGGGAGAAGGCGGACAGGGCAGCCCUGGAGGAGGAGGUUCGGAGCCUCAGACACAACAACCAGAGGCUGCUGGCAGAGUCCGAGAGUGCCGCCACCCGCCUGCUCCUGGCCUCUAAGCAUCUGGGUUCACCCACUACUGACCUGGCCUGAGUUCCAAUCUGAAUCUGGACCUGCUUGGAACUGCCUGGCCCUUCAGAGCAACUGGGUCAUACUCGUGCCCUUCCUCAGGACUCCUUCCCUGCGCUGAGGCGCGUCUUAGCACUGCCCCCUCUUCCCAGCCCAUUUGGUGGCUAAUACCUGUCCCUGUUUGUAAAUAUCCUGUAAAGAAAAGGAGACACCAGAGUUUAAAAAAAAAAAAAACCAACAAGAAGAAGCAAACAACUCUAUUUGUGCUUGUGUGUUCAAGAUACAGUCCAAGGUCAUAGCAAGCUCCUAGGAGCAGUAGGACAGGUCCCAGGGACAUUGCCUUAGAGUUAAUCUGGCACCAAGCAGAGGGUGGGGGCUCUGAGGAUAGAAUACCCCUUGGCUCCCCUUCAUUUAUUGGGUUCUCUUGGAAAGCAGGUGGCCAUGCUUCAUGCCUGUCUGUUUGGAGCAGGAGAGGGAACACUUCGAGCCUGCAGGACAGGACAACCAGGGGUGGGCUUUGGCCAUGCAGUAUGGAAUUCCCGAAUAGGCCCUGCUGAGCUGAGCUUCGGAGCAUCAUUGACUACCACCGGAUGGAUCACCUGUUGCAGGCCCCAGCCAGUGCCUCAUCAGCCUCUCCCCAGGGCUGCCUCUGCUGAAGCCCAGACCCUGAGCAAGGACAGGAUAAACAUGGCUGAAUAACAGUGGGGCCAUGAGCACAAGGAAGCCUUCUCUGAGGAGGCUAAU